GUGGUGGUGAACGGGAAACCGUGUGACUGUGACAUCAUCGCCGACUGUAAGGUGGGCGACGCUGUGCCAUUGGAGGUGAAACUGACCAAUCACAGUAAGAACGCGGUUGGACCGUUCGCCCUGACCGUGGUUCCCUUCCAGGACUACCAGAACGGAGUUCAGAACUAUGACCUGCAGGACGCAGUCACCUUCAUAGGAUCUAACACCUUCUACAUAGACACGGUUUGUGUGUGUGUCCAGAACUACGUGUGUGUGCAGAACUGUGUGUGUGAAUGGUGGCAAAACUAUUGUCAGAUAGGUUAGCUAUCCAUAGGCACACUAAAUAAUGUAUCUUUGUGUGUUGUCUUCCCAGGUGAACCCCACAGAGAACUCUGUGUGUGUGGGAGCCCUCCUGUUCCUCUUCACUGGAGACUUCUACCUCAACAUCAAAUUCCAGGACGACAGUGCUGGCCAGGGCAAAGCGCUGCCCCCAUCCUGGUUCGGCCUGCCCAGCUUACACAUCAAAGCCCUGGAGGCACCCAUAGAGGCUGGGGCA